AACCCAUGAUCAGUUCAAAUAAUUGUCGAAUUACCAGAUUUAAGACCAGAGAAAACUCUAAAGGACAACCGUCAUGGGUCCUAGGCAUUUCAGCCAAGAAAAAGAAGCCAAAGCCUGGAGACCGCAUUGAAAUCAACCGAGGGCUGUAUAAGCACUGGGCGAUUUGUGCUAGAGAUGAAAAUGUCAUUCACCUAUAUAAGCAUAGAGUCAGCAGUGUGAAGUCGGUACUGCACAGCAAGGCCACAGUGAAGAAGGAAAAAUUGAAGAAGGUGGUUCAAAACAAUGAAUACAGAAUCAACAAUCUUCUGGACAAGCAACAUCAGCCACGUCCCAUUCCAGACAUUCUAGAGAAUGCAGAAAGCUAUGUGGGGAAGACACUUCCAUAUGAUCUGUUCACAUGCAACUGUGAGCACUUCGUUACGAAGUUGAGAUAUGGAAAGGGACAAUCCAAGCAGGUGCAAAAAGUAGUGGCUAUUGCUGCUGCUGUUGCUGCUGCUGUAUUCUUCGGCAUAUUUUUGGCAGUAUAUUUUAAAGGACAAAACAAAGUCUUUAAGUUUCUUUUCCUUUUUUUUAUGUAUUUUCUUUUGUCCCUGGUCUAUCUUAUGCUUACUAAGAUACCAAGGCUUGAUAUAAAUUUUUGGGAAUAUGUUGCUUUAUAAUAAUUAAAAGAAACAUGAAGUUUAUUAAACUAGCUGAUUGUUAAACAUGCUUUAUCAUUGGUGUGUAGGAUCAUUUUCAUUUAUGAUGGCUCUUGUGUGAGAAUGAGUGUUCAUGAAAAUGUUUUGUUAGUGCAUGGGUCUUCAACCGGGGGUCCGCAGCGGCACUGCAGGGGGUCCGCCAAUUAAUGUUUGAUCACAAAUAGUGUUUUGUUAAAUUGAUCACAAAUAGUGUUUUUUUUUAUUAAAAUUAAAACAUGGAUUAAAAAACUAAGUCUAUUUUAAAUAUAAGCACCCUGAAACGAAAGCAUGCGCACCCCCAGUUGAAACUGUAACGAUUUAAUCUUGUUAGUGAAACAGAUUUAGCAAACACCUCUGUGCUUAUGAGUUUGUGCUUCGGAGAAUAUUAAACGUUCCUAUUUAUCGCAUGUUUUUGUAGCGGUGAGAAAUGUAGCCAAUAACAAAUAUGUUUUUGAUCUAGAAUGCAACGCCCAAUCAUAUGUAUUUAAAGG